AUGGAACUUCCUAUACCGGGAGCCAUCCGAAUUACGUUACAAGCCCCAACAACUCUUACUCAUCCUAAUUACUGUAUUGGUGGUUCACUUCCUUGUCUGUAUUGGGGAGCUAAUGAAAUUCAAUAUCCAAGUGAUGGAGCCGGUGCAGCACUUUUCACGACCAGAGUAUCAAUUACCAAUUAUAAACCACCUCAGGGGUGCUCAAGUUUCUUGAACAUAUCUGAUCCAUCAGAUCGAUGUUUUUUCAAUCCAAAGUCCCCGUUUAUUUCCUCGAACGCUGAUCAAAUUGUACCUAAAUCCUUUAUAGGGGACAUCGAAGAUUAUACGAUUAUGGUUGAGCAUUCUAUAAGAGGGGAAGCCACAUCAGUAGCACAGCGUAAUGGGUUAAUGAAUGGAGCACUCAUGUCAUCUGAUGGAAAAACUAUUGUUAAAUCAUUUACAAACCAAACAAGGAUGAAAACCAACCCUAAUGCCGAUGGUGACAUUUUUACAGUUCAAGAAAUUCUCACUGCUGCGAAUGCAAACUUGGAAGGUCUUUCUACGGCACCCGGUGCGGAUGAAGCCCACGGAGAAACAUAUAGGUCUUCUGGCAUAGUUAUAGCAGUAGUUAUAGAAUAUAUGAAUGCCCGUUUUCGGAAAAACGAUAUUACUUACAAAUACUUACCUCAAGUGAUUGAUGGAAAUGAGUAUAAAUCAAUGCAAAAUAUCCUAAAUCCAGAUGGAUCAUAUACUAUUAUAGAUAGGCAUGGGAUUCGAUUGGUAUUUCAACAGCACGGUUCUAUUGGACAAUUCGAUUUUAUAACUCUUCUUGUAAAUAUCGUUGGUGCAUUGUUUCUCAUGAAAUUUGCAGAAUCUGUAGUCGAAUUCUUUAUGCUGUAUUGUUCAGAUAAUCGAGAUUACUAUGCGGGUGCAAAAUACGAAAAUGUACUCUGA